GUUUCGUACUGUUUCCUGAUCUCAUGCAGUUGUUCUCCUUACAUUGGUUCUGUUUUAAAAGUUUCCUUCGGUAUAUGACACGUAAAUAAGAAGUAUAUGUUGUAGAAGAUUAUAUAAAAACAGUUUUUGUUGCACUGUUUAAUGAUUGCUGUCUUAAAAAUAGCAUUAUACAGGUAGUUUGUUUAAAAAAAAUGAAAAUAACUCGCCAGAAACAUGCCAAGAAGUACAUCAGUUUUUAUAAGUACAAUUUUAAAUUCCGACCUCCUUUUCAAAUACUGAUUGAUGGUACCUUCUGCCAAGCUGCUCUGAAAAAUAAAAUUCAGAUUAAAGAGCAGAUGCCGAAGUAUCUGAUGGGGGAAGUACAGCUAUGUACUACAAACUGUGUUUUAAAGGAACUGGAAUCACUUGGGAAGGAGUUAUAUGGAGCAAAAAUAAUUUUACAGAGGUUUCAGGUUCGGAACUGUGCACAUAUUAAGAGUCCAGUUGGUGCAUCUCAAUGUCUGCAGUCAAUGAUUGAUGGUAAUAACCCUCACCACUACUUUGUAGCCACACAGGACCAAGACUUGACAGCAUCAGUAAAGAGGAUACCAGGGAUCCCUCUGAUAUUUAUCAUACAAAACACAAUGGUUUUAGACAAACCUUCCCCUAGUUCUGCUGCCCACGUCCAGGCUGUGCAAACUGGACAACUGGUGACCGUUCAGCAGAAAGAAAGCAUUCAGACCCUGAAGGAGGAGCAGGGACUAGUGAAUUCAACAGAGCGCAAGGGCAGGAAACGCAAAAGGAAAGGUGGGCCAAACCCCCUGAGCUGUCUGAAGAAAAAAAAGAAGAUCCAGGGGCAGCAGCAGCAGCAGCAGCCUGCCGGGGAGAAGAAGAAAAGGAAACGACACAGGAAGCGUACAGGAGGGGGAGGUUUGCAGGUGGAAACCGUUGCUCAGAUUGAAAAAGCUUAAUACAGAGACGGGGGAUGGUUUGUUUCCACCUUAUUAAAUUGAAAACUCCCAACAUGAAUACAUUAUCAAGGCUGUAACAAGCUACUGUUUAACCACAUUUGUGAUUUCAUGAGACCGCUGUAGGUAAACCAAACCACACACCUGUAAAGAGCUGAUAGGUCAAACUAAAAGAAAUUAAUUCAAGAAGACAAACAGUGUGACUAAAACUGUUGAAAGCAAUAGACGAAACAAUUGUCUGACCAAUAUUCUUAUAAUGUACUGUUUGAAUGUUUAAAGAAGCCAAAGGUCUUAAAUCGUGAAGUAAUUUAUACAGUGCUGUGUAAAACAACAUUACAACCCAUAGACAAAUAGUGUCCCUAUAAGCAGUUGUUACUUGGGAGUCCUCAGAUACCAGAUCUAUUCUUACCUUUUGUUGUUCUUGAAUUCUGUUGUGUCACCACAUGCCAACUUUCAUUUCUGUGCUAUAAAUAGUUUUUCUUCAGUAGCAGCACAAAGUUCACAUCUAAUUCUGUAAAUCUCUCUAAAGAGUGAAACUGUACACCACUGAUGUGCUAUUUUAGAGGUAGCAAGAUUGGCAGUUUUUGUAUUUGGUAAUAUAAACAUGGGGCUCAUUCAAGAUGUGGCUACCAAAGCUAUACAUAGUGUAAUUAUUCACCAUAUGUUCAGGUUAUAGGAAUCAUAUUAAAUCUUUACUGAAUUUGUAAACCUGUUUCCUUCCAUGGUUCACUGGACCUUGAUCAGCAGUUAAUCAAUUAAAAGCACACAGAUAAGACUUAGUACUUGUACAAUACCAGUUUUUUUGUUUGUUUUUUAAAUCUGAUCAAUUCAGAGCAGAUUUAACUGGUGCCAAGGUGUUUAGAUUGCUUGCACCUGAUCAUUUAAAAAUACUGUUAACUUAAUUCUCUAAAAUUAAACCAAAAUGCUAGUGUCUGAAACCUCCUAGACCAGAUACAGUCAAUCAAAGGAGUGAGUGUGUGAUUGGCAGUUCCUACCUUAGCGCUUGCUUGUUGACAAAGCAAGUCACCGAUGGGCCGAUUUAAUCCACGGCCCCUUAUUUCGCCCCAACUGGAGGGGAGGAUUUAUUCAUAUUGUUUUCAUCCAUGAUUGUGAUUGACUGUCGUGUGUUCUUUGAAAUGAAAUCACAAAAGUAAGAGCAGUUUAUUGUUUUUUUUUUAAAUAUUUUUAGGAUUUUUUUUACGUGUUUUCUUUAGUUUAGAUAUGUCAGUCUAGUAAGUUUGCUCACCUUCCUAUAUUUUCCAUGUAAAAUGCUUUAAUUCGCCCUGAUAUUAUACAAGUAGUUUUAAGUUACACUAAGAAUGAGUGUGUAAAAUAUUUGAAUUUGAAAUUCUGAUGUGAAAUGAAUUUUAUAAAAAGCAUUUCAACUUGUAAAAACAAUUAUGAACGUAUUUUCUGCUAAAUAAAAAUAAAUACAUAAAUGAAGACCAAAGAGCAUUCUACAGAAGUUAGAG